UAGACCUAUCGCAUAUGCAUGAACAAUAUAAACAUUUGGCAAUAUUUCCUGAGGAGUGCAGAGUUAAGAGACGAGAGAAUCUUUUUGUCCCCCUCCAUGUGUGACUCACUGUCUAGUGUUUUGUUUCUGCAGGGUUCUGACCUGCAUGUUUAAAGCUAGACGCUACCUCAGUAACUGGUAUGAUUGAUGACAUUGCUGAUGUUCUUCCAUCCUGUGGCUACCUUUGAAAACAGUAAUUGCAUCAAACUAAUACUGCAGGUUAAAUUCUUGCACGCAAACUGACCAAUAGGAGCUGUGUUGGAAGCAUGCCUCCUCCCAUAGGUGUCAUUAGUAACUGGUGGAAUGAACUGGUGUAUCGAUUCCGGCACAAGAAAGACUGGAGACAGGUGGUGGACGAGAUUCAUCUGCUGCAGACCAAGAGGAUUAAUGAGAAUCCACUGUUUUAUGCUGCCAAGGAUAAUGAUGUGUGCUCCAUUAACAAGCUACUCAAGUGUCCCUCGACAGACAUCUUUGAGAGAGGUGCUCUUGGAGAGACAGCUCUGCAUGUCGCUGCUCUCUUUGAUAACUUUGAAGCCGCCGUCGCUUUGAUGGAGGCAUCGCCUGACCUGAUCAAUGAGCCCAUGACCUCCGAUCUCUACCAAGGGGAGACAGCUCUGCACAUCGCUGUGGUCAAUCAGAAUGUCAAUCUGGUCCGUGAGCUGAUUCGCCGAGGGGCUUGUGUGAGCACGCCCAGAGUAACUGGGUCGUACUUCCACAAGAAGAGAGAGAACAUGGUGUACUUCGGUGAGCACAUUCUGUCAUUCGCUGCCUGCGUUGGGAAUGAAGAGAUCGUGCACCUGCUGAUUGAAGAAGGAGCCAACAUCCGAGCGCAAGACUACCUGGGUAACACUGUUCUGCACGUGCUGGUCCUUCAGCCCAACAAGACCAUUGCCUGUCAGGUCUACAACCUGAUCCUGCAGGCGGACCGGCAGAUCGAAGGAGGCAUUCCUCUGGAGAUGAUCCAGAACCAGCAAGGACUCACUCCCUUCAAACUGGCAGCCAAAGAGGGCAACCUGGUGAUGUUUCAGCACAUGAUUAACAAGCGGCGCACAAUGCAGUGGCACUUCGGUCCUCUGUCAUCCUGUCUCUAUGACCUUUCAGAGAUUGAUUCGUGGGCAGACGACCUGUCCAUACUGGAACUGAUUGUCUGCAGUAAAAAAAGAGAGGCGCGCAGGAUUUUAGAAUUGACUCCUGUGAAGCAACUGGUCAGUUUGAAGUGGAAUAAGUACGGGAAGCACUACUUUCGUUUCCUCACAUUCCUCUACCUCCUCUACAUCAUCACCUUCACUCUCUGCUGCCUCCACAGACCACUCAAACCCAGGACUGACAACGCCACAGAUGAGAGGGACGUCACCAUCUAUGUGCACAAAACACUGCAGGAAAGCUAUGUGACUUAUGAAGACCAUGUUCGAUUGAUUGGAGAGAUUAUAAGUGUCUUCGGAGCACUGGUUAUACUUUUUUUAGAGAUUCCUGAUAUAGUCCGUGUCGGGGCCACGCGGUAUUUUGGGCAGACAGUACUGGGAGGCCCCUUUCACGUCAUUGUGAUCAGCUAUGCCUGUCUGGUUCUCACCAUACUGAUCCUGAGACUCACCAGUACGGAUGGAGAGAUGAUGAUCAUGGCUGUAUCUCUGGUGCUGGGGUGGUGUAACGUCAUGUACUUUGCUCGUGGCUUCUCAAUGCUUGGACCGUACAUGAUCAUGAUACAGAAGAUUUUUUUUGAGGAUGUGUUGAAAUUCAUUUGGUUGUUGAUCCUCGUGCUGGUUGGUUUCAGUACAGCUAUCUGGAUGGCGUACAUGACUCAGGACCCCACAGCUGUAUCCGCCUACAAGGAGUUCUCCAGCAGCUUCUUUGCAAUGUCCGAGCUGUCUUUGGGUCUCAUAGAUGUGCCUGUGAACUAUGACAUUUGGACCCCGGAUAUUGUGAAGGUCCUGCACAUAGCCUUUAGUGUGUUCGCCUAUCUGCUUAUGAUGAACCUCCUGAUCGCGAUGAUGGGAGACACACACUGGAGAGUGGCGCAAGAGAGGGAUGAGCUGUGGAUGGCCCAGGUUGUAGCCACGACGAUCAUGCUGGAGAGGAGACUUCCUCGUUGCAUGUGGCCAAGGCUGGGGAGCUGUGGACAGGACUAUGGGCUGGGAGACCACUGGUACCUCAGGGUGGAAGAUCGGCACGACAACUCUGUGCAAAAGAUCCGGCGCUAUGCCAAAGCAUUCCAGGGAAAAGGUAACAAAGCAAAGUCGAAGAAAAAAGAACCCAUCCCCGAUAUUCCGGUUAUCAACCCGCUUAUCCGAAAUCACCUGGACCCGCACAGGAGGUCACUCCGAGGCUGGCAGAUCAUUCGGAGGAGCACAAUGGGAUCCGAAUACGGGGAAUUAUGUGACGAAAAAUCUGAGGAAAUAUACCAUGUCUAAAGAAACCAAGUCAACUACAGCUAGGAACAGAAGGUUUGCAUCACCUAGAACAUUAGCAUUAAGACAUAAUAGUAAAAAUAAAAACUAUAUGAACAUAGUUUAGAUUUUUUAUGCAACAUCAUGUAAUCCAAAAAGAAAACAUACACACAAUUAUAUUGCCGGAAGCAGAAUAGUAGUACAGUAUUUCAUGUUAGAUUUUGAACCAUCACAUUUUUCAAUUUGUCAGUUUUUC